AUUUCGCACUAUUUGCAGUGCGGAAAGAACAUCCUGGGCGUGCAGCGUUACUGGGUUAUAAAAAGCUGCUCCGAGCCGCGUUGCGUAUUCGUCUGAUUUAACCACAACUGGAGAGUUCAAUUUGUUUCAAAGUCAGUUCAAAAUGCAGAUCUUUGUCAAGACCCUGACUGGUAAGACCAUAACCCUUGAAGUUGAGCCAAGUGACACAAUAGAGAAUGUCAAGGCCAAGAUUCAAGACAAGGAAGGUAUCCCUCCUGACCAACAGCGGCUGAUAUUUGCUGGAAAGCAGCUGGAAGAUGGCCGAACCCUGUCUGACUACAACAUUCAGAAGGAAUCCACGUUGCACUUGGUCUUGCGACUGCGUGGUGGGAUGCAGAUCUUUGUCAAGACCCUGACUGGUAAGACCAUAACCCUUGAAGUUGAGCCAAGUGACACAAUAGAGAAUGUCAAGGCCAAGAUUCAAGACAAGGAAGGUAUCCCUCCUGACCAACAGCGGCUGAUCUUUGCUGGAAAGCAGCUGGAAGAUGGCCGAACCCUGUCUGACUACAACAUCCAGAAAGAAUCUACCUUGCACUUGGUCUUGCGACUGCGUGGUGGGAUGCAGAUCUUUGUCAAGACUCUGACUGGUAAGACCAUAACCCUUGAAGUUGAGCCAAGUGACACGAUAGAGAAUGUCAAGGCCAAAAUUCAAGACAAGGAAGGUAUCCCUCCUGACCAACAGCGGCUGAUCUUUGCUGGAAAGCAGCUGGAAGAUGGCCGAACCCUGUCUGACUACAACAUCCAGAAAGAAUCUACCUUGCACUUGGUUUUGCGACUGCGUGGUGGGAUGCAGAUCUUUGUCAAGACCCUGACUGGUAAGACCAUAACCCUUGAAGUUGAGCCAAGUGACACAAUAGAGAAUGUCAAGGCCAAGAUUCAAGACAAGGAAGGUAUCCCUCCUGACCAACAGCGGCUGAUCUUUGCUGGAAAGCAGCUGGAAGAAGGCCGAACCCUGUCUGACUACAACAUCCAGAAGGAAUCCACGUUGCACUUGGUCUUGCGACUGCGUGGUGGACUGUGAAAGUUGCUUGAGCAUUGAUUUGCACCUUGUCUUUGCAGUGUAAUUUUAAAAUUCACUGGUGUAUACGUCUUGCUUUUGUAAUGAAUAAACUGGACUUAGUACCUGAAGCAGUGUAGAUAAUAAAAGUUUUGGCAAUGA